UGAAACAAGCCCGCACCAUAAUGUUUGGCACUAAGAGAUUAAAGAAAAAGUCCCAGUCGGUGGAUAUUAGUGGGCCAGGAUGCAACCCAGUGGCAGCUGAAGCUCAGACACCUCAGCCCAGUAAAUCUUUGCUUGCCACUAAGACAGCUGCUUCUGAGGAGGAACAGAACAACACCGCAAACACCCAAAGGCGCAAUGCACGGAGGAGUGAGUUGAAGAGAUAUUACACCAUUGACACUGGCCAGAAGAAGACCCCAGACAAGAAAGAUGGGCGACGAAUGUCUUUUCAAAAGCCUAAAGGGACUAUUGAAUAUUCUGUGGAAUCAAGAGAUACAUUAAACAGUAUUGCCUUGAAAUUUGAUACAACACCCAAUGAACUGGUCCAAUUAAAUAAGCUUUUCUCCAGAGCAGUCGUUCCUGGACAGAUUUUGUAUGUUCCUGACCCAGACUACAUUUCUAGUGUGGACAGCUCCCCCUCUCUAAGUCCUAUAAGUCCCCUAUCACCUACAUCUUCUGAAGCAGAGCUUGACAAGGCUACAGAUCCAGAUGGAGUCCAACGGAAAGAGUCAGCUGCUUCACCAGCACAUGCAUGUGUUCGUCCUACAAGAGUGGUAUCAUCCACCUCCGAAGAGGAGGAAGCAUUUACAGAGAAAUUUCUAAAAAUUAAUUGCAAGUACAUCACUAAUGGCAAGGGUACAGUCAAUGGUGUGCUGCUAGUGACGCCAAAUAAUAUAAUGUUUGAUCCUCAUAAAAUGGAUCCUCUGGUCCAAGAGAACGGCUGUGAAGAGUAUGGCAUCAUGUGUCCAAUGGAAGAAGUGAUGUCAGCUGCUCUGUAUAAAGAAAUUGUGGACAGCAAAAUUAAGGAGUCAUUAACCAUAGAUGUAGAACAGCUGUCUGUAAGGGAACUUUGCCAUUCCAAGAAAGCUGCAAAGAGCAAUACAGAUGAAAUGGAUUCCAGGAUUCGGGAUACAGGCAAUGACAGUGCUAGUACUGCCCCGAGGAGCACAGAGGAGUCUCUUUCAGAAGAUGUCUUCACAGAAUCAGAACUCUCUCCAAUACGUGAGGAACUUGUUUCCUCAGAUGAGCUUCGACAAGACAAAUCGUCUGGAGCAUCAUCAGAAUCUGUCCAAACAAUAAACCAGACUAGUGCUGAAUGUCUAACAAUCAUUUCAGACUCAAAUGAAGCUGCCAGUGACUUAAAACCCAGUGCCGAAAUGGUUGUAAAUGUUAAACAGUUUGGUACCCAUAGCUUAGGUUCAGAAAGUGCUGAAAUGUCUAUAAAGGGGGGACAAGAACCCAGUGAAAAUAUUGCAGAUGUCCUCCAGCAGUCUUUGCAAGGAUCACGUGGUAGUAAAGAGCAUGGCAAAGAGGCAGAAGUGGGCAACGGUCAAGAUUCCUCACUAGGAAAAGAACCAGAAGGAGCGAGUAAGACGGGAGAGGAAUGUCCAUGUUGUGAAGAUACCACAGACUCUCAAAAGAAAGAGACAACUAGCAAAGGAAAAGUAGUGAGAACUCAAGACUCGGAGACAGAAGUUGAGGAACUCCGCAAACUCUGGAAGACCCACACGAUGCAACAAACCAAACAACAAAGAGAAAACAUGCAACAGGAUUCACAAAAAGAAAUGAGUCAGAAAACUGUGACUGCAGUAGAUGGGCAAUUAGAAGGUGGUUCUCUUAUGAAAGAAAAAAGAAGACAUCGAUCUCACAAGUUUCUGCUUCUCAGGGUUGGAAAACCCAUGAGAAAAACAUUUGUUUCGCAAGCAAGUGCAUCAAUGCAACAGUAUGCACAGAGGGAUAAAAAACAUGAGUACUGGUUUGCUGUUCCACAAGAAAGGACAGAUCACUUGUAUGUCUUCUUUAUCCAGUGGAGUCCAGAGAUAUAUGCAGAAGAUACUGGCGAAUCUCUUCAGGAACCUGGAUUUAUAGUGGUAAAAAAGAAAGAUGAGCCUGAAACUAGCGAAGAAUCUACUACUGAAGAUGCUGCUAAAGAGUGGGAGGUAGUGUCAGUGGCUGAGUAUCACCGCAGGAUCGAUGCUCUAAAUAGCGAAGAACUGCGCACACUCUGCAGACGUCUCCAGAUAACAACAAGAGAAGAUAUCAAUUCAAAACAGGCAACAAAUAUCAAAACAGACCUGGAGCCAGAAGCAUUCCGGCCAAAUCUUAGCGAUCCCAGUGAAUUACUACAGCCAGAACAAAUUGAAAAGCUCACAAAGUCUCUUCCACCACGGACCAUUGGAUAUCCAUGGACCCUUGUCUACAGUACUGCAAAGCAUGGCAUGAGCUUGAAGACUUUGUAUCGAACUAUGCUGGGAUUAGACACACCCGUGCUGUUGGUUAUCAAGGACAGUGAUGGACAGGUUUUUGGUGCACUAGCAUCUGAACCAUUUAAAGUGAGUGAUGGCUUUUAUGGGACUGGAGAGACCUUUAUGUUCACUUUUUCUCCAGAUUUUGAGGUUUUCAAAUGGACAGGAGACAACAUGUUCUUCAUUAAAGGAGACAUGGACUCCCUUGCUUUUGGUGGAGGAGGAGGGGAAUUUGCUCUUUGGCUCGAUGGUGAUCUCUAUCAUGGACGAAGUCAUUCCUGUAAAACAUUUGGGAAUCAUACACUUUCUAAGCGAGAAGACUUCAUUAUUCAAGACAUAGAAAUUUGGGCUUUUGAAUGAAUAUUUAACUAUUUCUACAGGGUAUUGUCCCAAACCUGACAAGAAUCAGUGCAGCUCAAAAAUCCUUAGGAGCAAUAUAAUGCACCAUUUUACCUUCUUGAUUUUUUUUGUAAGUUUUCAGCGUGGCCAUCUAGUUAUUAUUUUGAAAUAGCAGACUUUUUUUUCAUGCUCUCACAUCUGUAACAUAACCUCCCAGGUUUUCCCACACACACCUUUCUGCAAUCCUGCUAGGGGGCUGCUUCAUUGAAUAUAGGUUAUUUUUGUAUUCGAAUUGUGUCUAUGAAUGAGGCUGCCCUCUGUGAACCUAUAUAAGAAGAAAGCUGCGUGUGGGUAUUUGGCAGCAGUACUGCAGAGAUUGGUCUGGACCAACGAUGGGUUAAUUCAUAUGGUGCCACAAACAGAUGAGAAGCCUAGCAUUCCUUCUUAACACAUACUAGUACGCAUACGGUGAAGUUAGAAGAUAUCCAAAGUCAACAGUGCCACUUGUUUUGUUUAUUGUUCGUGUUUAGAAAAAAGUCAGUUAAUAUGUGUUCUAGCUGCAUGCUGAUUGUAUUAAAGAGUGUUUUGCACAUGCUGUUAAUGCUCUGCAGGUUUGGGACAAAUACUGACAAUAUUGAGCUACAUGGCAAGGACUUAUAAAAGAGCAAAGGAAUGUAAGAAUAUGGUAGUUCCACAAAAUUAAAAGGCUAAAGCAAGCAAAACUCAGUGAACAAUUUGUAGCUAUAGUAGGGCAUUAAAAGUACAGAAACAGAUGCAUCUUUCUUCAACAUAAAGUGUCAGAUAUAUACUGUUAUACUGUUGUAGCCGUGUAGCACUUCAACUCCAAGAAUAUAGCUUAUUCCUGUCCAAAGAAAAAAAUAGUUGUGAUGUUUUUGAGUGGGUCUAUGUUGUAAAUUUACAGUUAGCACCAGCUCUGAUUAAAAUGAGAUAAUGUACUAUAGGUAGACAAUAUUGUAAUUCAGUAGACUUGUGGAAUAUGCAAACUUACUGUCAUGUGACCUCAAAAACCAAAAUGACAGGCUAGAAUACAGUUCCAGUAGCUCUUGUCCACUUUUGUAGGAAAAUUGAUAAGCCAUUGUGGCAAUAACAGCUCAACACAACUGUUUGUUUCAAAGCUUUUAUUCUAUGUACUGCAAAAACAAAAAAACAAACAACAAAAAAAAUGGCUGUUAAGUGUGACAGUGACUGACUUUGUGCUGAAAUUUCAGCUAUUUCAGAUGAACAUUGUAUAUUAUAUUGUAAAUUAAUGUUUAAAGUAGUUUUGUUAUUAUAGAAAAGUGUUAAUUGACGGGUUGCUUAUAGCACUUUAAAUUAUUCUAGAAAUGGAAUAAAAGCCAAAUGGGUUGGCUUAAGUAGAUGUAGUUGUAUAUUAUUUCAAAAUACUUACAUCUCUGGAAAGUUUUAAAAACUUAUUUGAAGACAGCUUACUGCUAUGGUAAUGAGAAAGGGCAGAUGUUUCAUCUAUAAUAUGCUAAUGCUCAAUAUGAAUAGAAAUACAGGGCUUUGUUUCCUGUCUCUAUGUAUAGCUCUUUAUCCUUAUUAGAACUUAGUGCAAUGUGUAGACUAAAUGUUUACAAAAUAAGGAACUGUAAAUAAAUUGAAAUGGCUUUUCUCCCCUUUGGUCUUCCACAGCAGUAUUAUUGUCUUUGUGGAGUUAAGACUGAUUAUUACAACAACAAAAAAGAAAAUCCUGUAAUGGAUUUUAAGUACUAUAAGGUCACAGUGAUGUAUAGCAAAUAAAUCUGAAUAUAUGUAAAAAUAAACUUGAGUUGGAGUUUAUUUAGAAGUUGGAGUUUACUUAACAGCAAUAAUCUGCAUUUGUGCUUCAUUUAAUAGCUUUACUUAAUAUGUAGGAUGCAUUUGCUCAUCCUUUUUGGGAGUUUUGGUUUUUGAAAGCCCAGUGGGAAGCGGUGAGAGUGGAAUAUGCUGUCUUCAGCCAUU